AUGGUGGAGGAGCACGAAAUCAGCAGACCCCUGCACUGCCCAAACCAGGAAGCGUGCCCAGGAGGUCUCCUCCCUCCUGCGGAGAAUGGGAAGCGGCCCAUGUGUGCGAAGGGCUACGUGGGCAGAGGAUGCACCAGCUGUGCCGAAGAGUUUGCGAGGGCGGACAGCAGCAUACUUGCCUGCACCGCCUGCGAAGAGAAUCCUCGCAAGCAGCUGUUGCGCUGGGUGGUGUUCCUGGGACAGCGGACCUUCCUCUUUGUUCUCUCGGCCAUGAGUGCCCUGGGAGCCCGUUCGGCGGAUGAGGUGAAGCAAAGCGGAGUUUACUUAAACCAAUUGAUGGCCUUCGCGACUGUCUCUAUGAUGAUGCUGACAGCGGCAAUGCAGACAGACACCGCCAAAGAUAUGCAAAGCUCCGCGGUAAUGUUCGUCUUCGGCACCACGUUGGCUGUUGCAGAAAUAGGUUCUGGAGGAGGUGCUGGUGGUGCUUCUUCGCAGUGCUUGCUCGCCUACAUUGGCCUGCGAAAGACCUUGUGGGGUGCUCACCUGCUCGAUGUGGCUGUUGCGGCAGCACUGACUUCUGCCUUGGCACUGAAGGACAGCCGAGUUGCCCUUGUUGCCGGCCUGAACUGCUUUCUGCCGAACAUCUUGGCCAGCUUUGGCAAGUACCUGGUGUGCUACCGGUUCGAGCCGGACCUUGGAGGAGGGCUGCGGGGCCUUCAGUGCCCCUUCCUCCCGGAAGGUCCCAGGGCCAUGGGUGUUCUGCAGGUUUUCUUGGGCCUGGCCACGUGCUUCAGCGUGGCCUUGUGGGCAUGGGUCAGCCUGUCCCUCUCCAAGGAGGUUCCACCGCCGCCGCAUGUCAACUUCUUGGCAAGCAAGUACCAGCCGCUCUAUGCCUUGUUCGAAACUGAGCGAUUGGUCAGGAAAUCCUUGCUGAUGCUGAUUGCCGCUGCGUUGCCGAUUACAGCAUCGCCGGCCCUUCAGAUGGGUGAAGUGGCAGAAGUGAAAGCAAGCUUUUUGGCGGUUCUGCUGGUCCUCUUGCUGCUCAUCUGCGCUUUGGGUGUGCUCGAGCUCGUGGAUCAGAAGUUCCGGUUCGAGCCCCUCUAUGCCAACUACGAGGAGGUCACGGAGUCCUGCAGCCCCAUUUUUGGCAUGCCGGAGGCUCUUCGGUUAGGUGGCAUCGUCUCCUAUUUCACCCAGGAGGGCGGGUCGGUUGGGCUCAGCUCGCUGUGGCCGCGGAUUGCGAAUGCCACCCGGGCCAACCACCAAGCUUUCGCGACUCUGGCAGGUGUGCCCUACAAGCAGAUCACAUGGGGGCAUCGGCGCUGUGGCAAAAUGAGGGCUGUUGCUGAAGCAUUGAAGUGUAUCCCUCCGGGUGCGUGGCUUUUUUUCAUUGAUGCCGACGCUGCCUUCCGGGCCCAGACGGAACCUUGCACCGCCAGGGAUCCGCUGUCGCCGGCCCCGAUGCACUGUGACGCCUUGCCCUGGCAUGAGAACGGAACCGACGGAAGAGGGUUGGGCACGGCCCGGUGUGCCACUGCGGUGAAGGCCAUGGCCUCAUUUCAUGCCACCAUCUUCCGUGACAGGCACAGGGACCCGAGCCUCCUGAACCUGGCUUCAUGUUAUGGGUUUAGGGUCAAGGGAUAUAGGGAUGUGUUGUUCUGGGUUCGCGGUUCAGGGAUUCUGGUUGAGUUUAUGGUUUCGGGUUUGGGGUUUAGGAUUGUGGAGGAGCUUUAG